CACGUCGCCAGGGCAGCCAAGAUGGCGGCGGCCGAGGGGAGUGUGGCCGGGGGGCCGUUGUUUCCAGGUCUCACAGAUGUGUCAAUAUCUGAAGACAUUCCGGUGGAAGGGCAGAUUACUGUUCCUGUGGGAUCUCACUCUCCUGAUGAAGAAUUCUCCACACUGGAUGAACCUGUUAGGGAUACCAUUAUGAGAGAUCUGAAGGCUGUUGGGAAGAAAUUUGUCCAUGUCAUGUAUCCCAAGAAGAGCAGUGCACUCCUCAGAGACUGGGAUCUCUGGGGCCCUUUGGUGCUUUGUGUCUCGCUUGCUCUGAUGCUGCAGGGUGGAUCAGCAGAUAGUAAAGAUGAUGGAGGGCCCCAGUUCGCCGAGGUCUUUGUCAUCAUCUGGUUCGGUGCUGUUGUCAUCACACUAAACUCCAAGCUGCUUGGAGGAACUAUAUCCUUUUUUCAGAGCUUGUGUGUGCUGGGUUACUGCGUCAUGCCUCUGACAGUGGCCAUGCUGGUGUGCAGGCUGGUCCUGCUGGCAGGUUCUGGGACCAUCAGCUUCAUCAUACGUCUCAUUGUAGUCCUAGCCAUGUUUGGGUGGUCAACAUUGGCAUCCACAGCUUUCCUGGCAGACAGUCAGCCUCCCAACCGCAAAGCUCUCGUGGUGUACCCCAUCUUCCUCUUCUACUUCGUCAUCAGCUGGAUGAUUCUCACCUUCACACCUCAGUGAUCUCCCAGCAGAAGAGACUCUGUGAUAACAGACUGGAGUUUGUUCAUGAACACUGCUGCAGUUAAUCCUUGGCUUUAUCUCUUUCUAAUUUAUAUAUAGAGGUAUUGUAAAAGAAAAGGCAGGUUAUGGGAUAAAGCCAGAGAACUGCACA